CCAAUGGUGUAGUCUGCAAGUAAGGAGUAAGUUCCUAUGUGCAGCUGCGAGCUGCAUUACUGCAGAAGGAAAAGUGAUGUGAGAUAUCUGAUGCCUGUUCUAGUUCAAUCAUCCCUACUGCCCCAUUUGCAGGGAUUUCUGCUGGUUGUGAUAUGCCUGGGCUCAUAUUUCGGAUCCUCAGAGAACCGCCCGUUUCCUGACAUCACUGACGAGAAGUUCAUCAAUGACUGUGUGAGGAUACACAACGACAACCGUUCCUCUGUGAAUCCACCAGCCAGUAACAUGCUCUACAUGACGUGGGAUGAGGGCUUGGCCAUCACGGCAAAAGCCUGGGCAAGGCACUGUGUCUUUGAGCACAACAUCUACCUGAGAGAUGUCAGACGGGUCCACCCGGUCUUCUCCUCCGUGGGAGAGAACAUCUGGGCAGGAGCUCCACCCUCCACGUUCUCCGUCAUGAAAGCCAUGCGCUUGUGGGUCAAUGAAGACCAAUAUUACAAAUAUGAAAGCAACGUGUGUCAACAAGGAAAAAUGUGUGGACACUACACACAGGUUGUUUGGGCAACGAGCUACAAGGUUGGUUGCGCUGUCCAAAUAUGCCCGAAUGGCAUCGACAAGACUACUUUUUCUGGACAAAUAGGAGCCAUAUUUGUUUGCAACUAUGCCACUGCGGGGAACAUGAAUGGGUUGUUACCAUACCAAACGGGGACAGCAUGCAGUGCUUGUGAGGGUACAAACAAUCAAUGCCAGGCCAAGCUCUGCCGUGAUCUAAAGCGAGACCAACUGAAAAGUUACAGUUGGACCCCUGACUGGGACCCUGUCCGGGCUACCAGGGACCCCUCUCUGGCCACAGAGGACCCCAACCUGACCACCUGUGGUUCCUCCUGCAUUGCCAUAUUGGCCCUUCGGUUCGCGGCUCUUCUCCUUACCUUUGUCACAGCCUUUGGAGUGCACAGAUUUUACCCAAGCAUCUUUUUCUACGAGUAGCUCAGAUGUUUUAAUGAUCAAUUGCCCUUACUUCAUGGUGUCUUUUUCAAACUGCUGUCAACCAAAUUCCCAUUAAACAAUUGAUGUUCUGCUACUACCUGAGGUGCUUUUUGCAGUCAUCCUUAAAGAAAACCUUUAGCAUGUAAUCAUAUUAAUUAAGAACCCCUUAUGGUGUAUGCACACAGUCAACUCAAGAAGUAUCAGCACAAUUCAGGAAAUUCAGCAAAAGUGAAUGCAAAAAUACACAACACAAACGAUAAGUCGGGCUCAAAAAAAGGGGAGUCGUACACCUUCAUUACAACACAACAAUACAUUCUAGCUACGAACCACCCAGCUAGUGGCUUCAGAUUAAGAAUCUGGAAACAGAAAGACUUGACUGAGCUUGACUCACACCCUUUUCUACUGCCAGAAUUUUGACCACCACAAAGAUGACAUGCUUGUUGAAGUAAUAUAAAAGGGGAAAUGCUUUCAGUUGGUGUUCCUAAAACAGAUUGUGACUGUAUUUCCCCAUGUUACAAUGUGAGAAAAGACUUGUUAAUUCAAACCAAUAAAAAAAGUUCCUCCUAUA